UCUUACCUUUGUAAAAUAGAUGUAGGAUUAACAUUUAACACAAAUACAGUAAUGCCCGCGAAAUCUCGGGCGACAAAGAAAAUAAAUAAUAAUAAUAAUAACCCACAGGCAGUAAUUGAGCGCAGAAAAGAAAGACAACAUUUAAAAGAUAGUGAUUGAGACUGUGACAGGAAUUCAAAGUGUCCGAAGUGAAGAAACAGCUGUUCCUCCUCCAUAUCCGGAUUUUAACCUUGCUCUCUUUCUCUCCAUAGGUAGGACAGUGUUAGUUUUGGUCAAGCUUCUUAGGCGAUCCAAUGGAAUAAGCUUCGCUUGAUGUGAUUUUGAUUGGAUAAGGAAUCUCCAAAGGAGUGCUUUUUCUUUUGGAAUGACUUUAAGGUUAGUGGUUCCUUUGUGCCUGAUUCAGCUUCACUAGUAGCAGUUGUGAUAAAAGAUUAUCAGCAUAAUGGGCGGCUGUGUCUCCGUACAUAGUGAAAAGGCACGAUCAAGGCCGCACAAAGGACGCUUUGGCAGAUUCUGCAAGAACCGUGGGAAAAUCGCCACUUCCAUUCCUGAUGAAUGCAUGAAAAGGAUGAGCGAUGCUGGGAGUCACGUAACAGAUAUUGCUGUUAGUGAAUAUGUUCAGAAGGGUGCUUCAACCACCUGCAAUUGUAAGCGCUCGGAGUUGUCUAAUGUGGCAUUUCAUCUAACCCAGCUACAAUGGAACCACAGUCAAAUUGAUGCCAAUGGAAGAUGCCAAGAGGAAGUAUGGUUCGAUUCUGUUAGCAUUAUGGAGUCCGAGUCGGAUGAUGAUGCUGGCAGUGUAUAUGGAGAUGCAUUUUCUUCAUUAGGUAAUCCGAUAGGGAAUAUUUCAAAUGCACAAGUGUUUCAGUACGGAAAUUCAUCAUGCCUUGUUGAUAACGGGUCUAAACAUGAAAGAGUGUAUGAAAGUUACAGCUCUAAGGGCCGCAAAGAUGGCACGGUUGAUUCGGGGGAGAAAACCCAAGAAAGCCGAAAGAAAUCAACAGUUAUCAUGCUUUCCGUGAAGAGGAAAUCUUUUGACGGUGCAGCUGAGAGGUACUUAUACCGUCCAAGAGCUGGACUUAUAAUUCCAUGCUCAGGAGAGAAACCGACGGUAGGAAGCUGGUCGGAGAUUUCUCCUUUGCUUUUUAAGCUCCGAGGCAAGAAUUACUUUCGAGAUAAACAGAAGUUCCCUGCUCCUGAUUGUAGCCCAUAUGUACCAAUUGGGGUCGAUUUAUUUAUCUGCCCUCGGAAAGUGAAUCACAUUGCUCAGCAUCUCGAACUACCACACGUAAAACCGCAUGAAAAUGUGCCUGCACUUCUGAUUGUUAAUAUACAGGUUCCGACCUAUCCAGCAAGUGUGUUUCUUGGUGAUGCCAACGGGGAAGGCUUGAGCCUUGUGUUAUAUUUUAAGGUCUCGGAUACUUUUGACAAAGAUGUAUCCCCUCACUUCCAGGACAGCAUAAAGAAAUUUAUUGAAGAUGAAAUGGAAAAGGUUAAAGGGUUUGCGAAAGAGUCCAUUGUUCCUUUCAGAGAGAGGCUAAAAAUUAUGGCCAGUUUAGUUAACCCAGACGAGCUUCAGUUAGGUUCUACUGAAAAGAAGCUUAUUCAAGCUUAUAACGAUAAGCCAGUGCUUUCGCGUCCUCAACAUAAUUUUUAUAAGGGACCAAAUUACUUCGAGAUCGACCUUGAUAUACACAGAUUUAGCUACAUAUCUAGGAAAGGACUUGAAUCGUUUCUAGACCGCAUGAAGAAUGGAAUCAUUAAUCUGGGUUUGACUAUUCAGGCACAAAAACCAGAGGAAUUACCAGAGCAAGCCUUGUGCUGUCUGCGGCUGAAUAAGAUUGAUUUUGCAAAUCAUGGCCAAAUUCCUACCAUUGUAAGUGUCAAAGAUGAUUAAAAUGCAGAUUUAAAUUCAACACCAUUGUUUGCAUUCAUUUAUUUUGUUAUUUCUGCCUUGUAAUUUUCAUCAUCUUUAUCACACCAGCAAAGCAAUUGACUAGAUUAUUGAGAUCAAAGCUUGUUGUAAGGAUUAACUAUUUUGGUUUUCAACCAUAAACAAUAAUUUUUCAA